AUGGCACAUAAUCUUGCCCAAGGACAUACUCCAACUAUUGCUGAUUCUACGAGUUUUAUUCGUACGAUUCACAGCUUACUGUCUGAUGUUGCCUCUCACAUCACUCAACUUCGUAUUGAUAACAUUUGUCGAGAUGCCGGCUUGCCAACGGCCCCACUUGCAGCCAACUCAGAUGAUGAAGACGCUUUGUUGGAUACGACACGCAUUUUCGAACAGUCCAAGCUCUCCAAAGCCAUUCAAGAUGCUCAAUCCAAAGACCACUUCUCCAAGUCUUCUGACAAAUCUAAUUUAUCUGGUACCACUUCAAGACCUACCACACCUUCUGCUCCUCGUGCUUCAAACUCUUCUUCUCACAACUCUCGGGUUUCCAACAGCAAUAACAUCACAAGCACGAACAGCAAUCGAGACCGAGAUCUUAUCAUUACUAGAGAAGAAAGCGAUAGAGAAAACCCAUGGUCCCGGUUUCCUUUCCCAUCUCUUCAUCGUACCCAAGAAGACCGGCGACCUUCGUCCCGUACUCAAUCUACGACCACUAAAUCAGUACGUACCACGAAGACCAUUCAAAAUGGAAACUAUUCAACUCGUUUGCAAAAUGAUCCAACCGCAAGAUUACCUUACUUCUAUCGACCUACAGGAUGCAUUCCUCCAUGUACUAGUUCACUCAGCCUCUCGAAAGUGGAUCCUUCCCCAUAUACCGCCGUCGGACUUUGA